CCUCCGCCGCCGGCGCAUCCUCGGCCCGGCCGCCGGCCCCGCUCGCGCCCCCCGCCGCCGCCCCGCGCCCGCUGCCGCCCGCGGCCAUGAAGCUGCGGAGACGCGGCCCGCGGGCCGCCCCCGCCUCCGACGCCGCCGCCAGCGCGGGGACCGGCGAUGCACGCCCGCGGGCGCCCCCCGGGCGGAACCCCUUCGUGCACGAGCUGCGCCUCAGCGCCCUGCAGAAGGCCCAGGUGGCCGUCCUGACGCUGACCCUCUUCCCCGUCCGGCUGCUGGUGGCCGCCUGCAUGAUGCUGCUGGCCUGGCCCCUGGCCUUCAUCGCCUCGCUGGGCUGUGCCGACAAGGAGCCGGAGCAGCCGCUGGCCUUGUGGCGGAAGGUCGUGGAUGUCCUGCUGAGAGCCAUCAUGCGGACCAUGUGGUUUGCCGGCGGCUUCCACCACGUGGCUGUGAAGGGGCGGCGGGCCCUGCCCACCGAGGCUGCCAUCCUCACCCUGGCUCCGCACUCCUCGUACUUUGAUGCCAUCCCUGUCACCAUGACGAUGUCCUCCAUUGUGAUGAAGGCUGAGAGCAGGGACAUCCCGAUAUGGGGGACUCUGAUAAAGUACAUCCGGCCAGUGCUCGUGUCCCGCUCCGACCAGGACUCCCGCAGGAAGACGGUGGAGGAGAUAAAGAGACGGGCGCAGCUGGGCGGAAGGUGGCCGCAGAUAAUGAUUUUCCCGGAAGGAACUUGUACCAACAGGACCUGCCUAAUUACCUUCAAGCCAGGUGCCUUUAUCCCCGGAGUCCCAGUCCAACCCGUGGUUUUGCGGUACCCCAACAAGCUGGACACAAUCACGUGGACGUGGCAAGGACCCGGAGCGCUGGAGAUCCUGUGGCUGACACUGUGCCAGCUUCACAACCGCGUGGAGAUCGAGUUCCUCCCGGUGUACAGCCCCUCGGAGGAGGAGAGGAGGAGCCCGGCUCUGUACGCCAGCAACGUGAGGCGCGUCAUGGCCAAGGCCCUGGGCGUCCCCGUCACCGAUUACACGUUUGAGGACUGCCGGCUGGCCCUGGCGGAAGGACAGCUGCGUCUUCCUGCAGACACCUGCCUCUUAGAAUUCGCCCAGCUCGUGAGAGGCCUCGGGCUAAAGCCAGAAAAACUUGAAAAAGACCUGGAUAAAUACUCUGAAAGCGCUCGGAUGAAGAGGGGGGACAAGAUCGACCUUUCGGAAUUCGCUGCAUACCUGGAGGUGCCCGUGUCCGACGUGCUGGAAGACAUGUUCUCGCUGUUUGACGAGAGCAGCGACGGCCGGGUGGACCCGCGGCAGUACGUCAUCGCCCUGUCCGUCGUCUGCAGACCCUCCCAGACCCUGGACACCAUCCGGCUGGCAUUCAAGAUGUAUGAGUCGCAGGAGGGCAGUGGGCUCCCCGAAGACGCCUUGUCCUGCAUCCUCAAGACGGCCCUGGGGGUGGCCGAGCUCGCUGUGACCGACCUGUUCCGGGCCAUCGACGCAGAAGGGAAGGGGAGAAUCACAUUUGCCGACUUCCACAGGUUCACACGGCUGCACCCCGACUUUGCAGAGGAGUACUUGUACCCUGAGCACACCCACUUUGAAAGCUGCGCCCAGACUCCGCUGGCUCCCACCCCGAACGGAUUCUGCACUGACUUCAGCCCCGAAAACCCCAACGUGGGGAGGACGGCUUCGCAUGCGAAAGUGGACUAGGGGGAAGGUUCCGGAGAGGAGAGCCCUCCCCGGCUGUGUCGGCACCCCCUCCGCAGGGCUGGCACACCCUGUCCGAGUGCCAACGCCGGGGUUCUCUCCCCCCACCUGCUGACAGUUGUGAUCUCCACGCCCGAGUCUGGAGACGCGGGGUUUGGUUUCAUUUGUGAAGAGUGCAGCAUGGGGCCGCCACGUCCACUGUGGAGUCUGGAAGGAAAGCGACACGUGGAUUCCUGUCCCCGUCUGCUGGCCUGUGCAUCGGGACGCGUGGGGGCCGACGGGGCCGGCGCCAGGGGGCUCGGCUGGGGCGGCCGCUUGGCCAGGCGCGGGGGACACCAGGCGCUGCCUGUUUGCACCGGGAGCCGCCUGGUGUUCAUUUCUGUCACAGCCUCUCCUCGCGGCCCCCCCACCCCUCGGUCCGAGGCAGCCCCUCUCCCCCCACUGAACCUGCACUUGAAAACCAGAAUGUCACGGGCGUUUUGACUCCAGCACAGAACAACUGCCAGUCUCCUCCGUGCACACACAGCACGGUGGUGGCGUCUGACUUUUAAAAGUUUCUAUAUUUGUGAGGGAGCUCAUGAGCAUUUUAUAAACUUCAUUUAGAUACUUCAGGAACAUUCAGCAUUUUUUUUUUUAAGAAAACAAAAAAAUUUGUUUUUCUACUUCAUUGUUCCUUUUUGGGUCAGAGGCCCGUUUUUGAUAGACGAGGAGGCUGUUGGCCCUUGGCUUGCGUUUCUGUCACCCUCUCCCCACCACGAAAUUCCUCUCCUCCCAUUUGGGUCCCCGGGGACGUGAUCAUGAGGGCCUGGCCCCAGACUGCUUUCUUUGCUUUCCUUAGUCCUUUCCAGACCCUCCCCCCUUUUUUUAAUGAAUGUUAACAAUUUGGUAAUUCUGUUUUGAUGUCACGCAGUCCACUGCGCUGUACCUUACGCUCCAGCUGAGCGUCGGCACAGUGAGGCGGGGCCGGCGGCUCUGCUCCGUGCUUCUCUGCAGAUCUGCCCAGGCAAGCCCUGGUGGGCAGCUGGCCGUGCCGUCCGCUCUGCACCGGCCUCUGCGCGAUCUGAGGCGGCGGCGAGUGCCCCCAGGAGAGGUGGAGCUCGUGUUUGUGGGUGGGGGCUCCCAGGGUGGAGGGGUCCAGGCAGUGAGGGGACGCUCUCACCCCAGCCCCUCCUCCAAGGGUGCCCUGAUGGACGCACAGGGGUCAGCUACACGCCAGGGAGAAGUGGUCGCUUUCGGGGUUACCUUUGACCUUGGUGGUAUCACUUUGUUUCCUUAUUUCUUUAUGAAGUCAUUAGAAAUGUAUCCGUAAAGCACAAUAAUAACCACAGGCUUUGGUUUUCAGAGUCUGUUUGAAAAAAACUAUUUGAAUUUCUAAGAUGAAUUGGUUUUUGUAUCUGGGGAGUCCAUAUAGCAACUAACAACUAGGAGCACUAAAUUCAGGGAAAAAAGUGUUCAGUGACCUCUUCUGAGAUCCUCCUCAUGUGCUUUCCUCUCCAGGAAACAUUUAAAAAGAGGAGGGGAACCCUGGACCCCUUCCCUCUUGCCCGUCUCCAGCCUGUCCUCCUCGUGCCCUGCGAGCCGGGCUCGGCCAGCCCCCAGCAGGCGGAGACGAAGUUCAGUUCAGGCCCCGACUCGCUGGGCACAGAGUAAACGUGCAAGCGCCUGGGUGGCUGGUAGCGACUGGUUUUCUAGUUAAGUGUAGAUUCACUUGUGAGGAGCAAAACCCAAACGUGACCAUGAAGGAGGUUAACAAACCGGGAUAUUCCGAGGGGCGGGGCAGGGGCCCCGGUGCCCUCGGGUCUGCGGAUGAAGGGCUUCUGCCUGACGUGCCACCGCGCGCUUUCAGGAGGAAGGUUCCUGACGAGCAGACGCUGGUGGGUGUUUGUCCCUCCUGACCGUCCCGUCUGCGGCACUCGCGUCAGCGGGCGGCGGAGCUGGGAGUGUGUGCGUCUCGAAGCUCAGCUCUCCCUGCCUGGUCUGGGACCGGGCUUGGGUUUUCCCGUGGAAUAAAGUGUAAGCUCUGACACACUCCA